UUUUAUUAUAUUAUAAUGAACUUUAAGUUAAUAUAACUUUCUAUUGUUUUCAAUUUUUCUAGAAAUAAUAGAAAUCAAUGACAUCACACCAAACAAUAACGUCACACUGUACGUUUGGCAACGAGUCUUUCGUGGCGGAUUUACAAACGCUGAGGGGCGAGCCUUUGUGAUCAUCGGCAAGAGUAUUGUAAGUAGUGGAGACGCUAUUGCGGGAGGAACAAGCAAGGAAAGGUAUUGUGGAUUGCGAUUUAUUUUCCCUUUUGUCUCUAACCAUCUCCUAAGGGACUGCACCGAGCGAUACCGGAGAAUGAGAGGAUUGUUUGUGCCGUGGUUGGCUCAAGGUGGUCGACUUCUACGGAACUUACGUGCUGUAGCUGCCAGGAACUCUCUCCGAUAUCGGAUGUACACAAGCAGACUGCGCGCGUCACCUUUAUCGGUGAAGAAACUCAUGCGACAGGAUUACCCGGCGAAGCUGGGGAAAUGUCUCACCACAGGCGAAAAGCGGUCGAUCGUCUCGAGGUCGAAACUCGCGACGAAAUCUGUGAAGUCGGCGUUUCCCUUCGGGUGCAAUUGUAUGCAAAUGCAUGAACAUGCUCGAGAUUACACUUGAUCCGCGUCUCUAAGACAAGUAAUAUGUUCUUUCCACAAGGGACAAGAAAAUGUUUUAAUAUUUAAUGUUUUAAUAUUUAAUGGUAUUUAAAUGACAACGUUUAUCUUUACAUUUAACAAUUAUAUUUAUUACAUUUUUAGAAAUUAUAAUACUUGUUGCUGUUAAAAUAGAAAUUUUUAAACGCGCUGUUUUUAACUCUUUCAUUGGACAUGAAUCAUAUUGCGCAGAUUUAUGACUUAAAAUAUUCAAGUGCCAAUAUCGCUCUGUUAUUAUAUCGUGGCAAUUACAGAACUUACACACCAUCCUAAUAUAUUAUGGGAUGCGACUUAAGAAUUCGAGGCGUCGCGUGCGCCGUAUACCCAACACAACCCGUUCGAGGCAAAACUAUCUACGCGGUCCACGGCAUAACUCCCCCUAGCCUGAGCCGCUCUCUCCAAAACUUUCUCAAGACUAGUAAACUACCCGAAGAUAAAUGAGCACCGCGUAAACUACAAGAGGCGACGCUACGUGUAUGCACGUACGACGAGACGCGACGGGUGUUCAAAAUUAUAUCGUCAGACAAAGAGAGAGACAAGAAAGAUGUACGAAGAGAGAAAAGAAUAAA